UAAACUUCCGUAACCUAGCCUGUCACAUGGACUACUUUUGGUCUGGGUCUCAAAGAAGUCGUCUACAUCCUCAUCAAGCAGUACAGUACAGUGCAGGCAAGCUAUGAGUGCAAGGUUCUAUACACUGUGUACCGUUGGGCUAGUGGGAUCUCUAUUCGUGGGUUACUGUGUGUACUUUGAUCGGAAAAGAAGGAGUGAUCCUGACUAUAAGAAGAAAGUUCUUGCAAGGAGAAAAACAGCCAAAAAGUCUGGUGCAGUCGACCUCCGUGACCCCAAAGUGAGGGAGGAGUUUCUCAUGUCCGAGAUGAUGAAGGGAAACCAAAAACUAACGGAAGGGAACAUUGAAGAAGCCAUUGGUCAUUUCAUAAACUUUGUUCACUUCUCUGGCAACCCGCGAACCACCCUAAGCACUCUGCAGCAGACCAUGCCGGCUCCUCUCUUUAGCCUUCUGGUGCGAGCCUACGCCACACUUCAAUCUGAGGGGGCACUAGCAGCAGGAGGGGGAGACGCAAAGAAGGAUGAUCAAGCAGAUGUGGACUAAUAUUAAUGAAAACUGACAAAUUUGUUGCCUCCCAGAGCACUUAUUACUUGUUACACUGCCAAUGUUGUGUAUUUAUUCUCACAGAAUGUGUAUAAUAAUAAUAAUGUUAAAAUCAAUAA